AUGAAGUGCUACUAUGAUUUGUUGGAGGUACCAAAAGAUGCCAGCGCGGAACAAAUAAAGAAAUCUUACAGGAGAUUGGCUUUGCAAUGGCACCCAGACAAAAAUCCCGAUAAAGCUGCUGAGUGCACUGCCUAUUUUACCCUUCUUCAGCAAGCGUAUGAAGUUCUGAGUGAUCCUGAUGAGCGACGAUGGUUGCAGGGAUUUUACGCGGUCUACCGGGACGUGUUUGAUCAACUGGCAGUCGAAGAACUGGACUUCAUAAGCGAUCCGGGGAAAAAUCAGUUCCCCACAUUUGGUUAUUCACAUAGUGACUAUGACACGGUGAGUUAAUG